AUGAAGUGGGCUGAAUCAGAAACUUUAAAACUAGUGGAGCUUUACGGGGAGUUUCCGUGUAUCUGGGAUAUAAGCCACCGUGAUUAUAAAGAUAAGAACAAAAGGAAUGCGGCCUAUGAAUAUAUUAUUCGUGCAAUGAGCAAGGAAAACUUUGGAGUUUCUGAAUUAAAACAAAAAAUCAAAAACCUCCGAUAUACUUAUAACCAAGAACGAAUGAAAAUAAAAAAAUCUCAAAAGUCUAGCAGUGGAAGUAACGAAGUUUACGUGCCUUCUUUAAAAUGGUACUAUGUAAUGGAUACAUUAUUAAAAUCUAUUACACGAAGCACCGAGACUCAGGAUAACUUUGAAGGAACAAUACAAUCUGAGGUACGUACCUAG